AUGGCCUUCUUCUCUCAAUCCGGCUUCUCGCCACUCUUCCAAAUCCUCGAUGACUACGACGCUCAUCGCGAAUCCAAGCCCCGCCAGUGCCCCAAGUCACGCCAGUGCAUCAAGCCUCGUCAAUGCACCAAGAUCCAAACACCCCGCGCCUUCGCACCAGCCUUUGACGUGCGCGAGCUGACCGACGGCUACUACCUGGACGGCGAGCUCCCAGGCGUCGACCAAAGCAACAUCGAGAUCGAAUUCACCGAUCCCCACACCCUCGUAAUCAAGGGCCACCUGGAGCGCGAUUACAACGAGGACAGCGCCUCCACCUCCAGUCGCAGCUCAUCUCCUGCAGGCUGGCACCAGCCCACAGUCGAAGACGAGGAUGCAGCAUCAACAACUAGCUCCGCCAGCGCCGACACCGCUGCUUCUGCCUCGGCUGAGAAGGAUCAGCCUCAUUUCUGGGCAUCUGAGCGAUCCGUCGGUGACUUCCAACGCACUUUUAGCUUUACCGCGCGCGUUGAUCAAGAUUCCGUCCGCGCAAGCUUGAAGAACGGUGUCUUGUCUGUGGUGGUGCCGAAAGAGGCCGCCCCUACGCCGAAAAAGAUCCGAAUCCUGUGA